AUGAAGAAGCUCUUACGUGGAAUGCAGAGAACUGAUAUCUAUCAAUCUAUUGUGAUGCUGAUGAUGCUUGAUAGAUUCCCAGUGAAGGACAUUCCUUCGGAUAUUGCACACGAUCAAGGUGCUUCUGGAACUUCUUCGAUUCCACACGCGAUUCUUCCAUUAUUGGACACUUGCCGACUUCUUCCAACCAUCAAUAUUUUAUAUUUUCAUAACGAAGACAACUGA